CCCUGUUGACGAUUACCAAGUACCCAAAGUCCUAUCUAAUAUUUCUCCUACAAAGUUCGAGGUUGCGAGGAGAGGAUGAGCAUGAAGACGGCCUGCCACUGGUUGUGUGUUGCUGUCUCCCUCCCUCUCUCGUGGCCCACACACCCUUAGGUAAGCAGGUAAUAGCUGCUGCCUGCCCGUUGCCGAUGGUUCGUCAGUCAACUUGACAACGGCAAGCUGGGGAUUAAUGGCACCAGAACAAUUUGCUCAUCCGUCAUGCUCCAGAGUGUUGACGGAGUAGGUCAAGAUACUCGUAUGAAGCCAGUUGCAACUCAAGUGAAGCGUGCUCGUCUCCCUACACUUCCGCUCAACACCACUCAGUCAUUGGGCACUAGCACACCAUGGCAUCGUCCGUAAUAAAUGGCACCCGCCGUCUGACGAAGAUGACUCACGUCUUUGCUCGACAUACCAUCCCCCUCGAGUGUGACGUUUACACCGCAGAUGACUACCCGACCGCCUCUCCCGUAUUCCUGUACUUCCAUUCGGGGGGCCUCGUGGCUGGUUCCAGGUCUUGUGUUCCACCAUGGCUUGUACAGGUCUGCUUCAAGAACAAAUGGCCUCUGAUUAGUGCCAGUUAUCGCAUGCUUCCACAAGCCAGGGCCACGGGUCUGCUCCAAGAUGCCCAGGCGGCUUACUCCUUUGCGAGACAGUGGGCGACGUUCGAGAAGCCCUUCGCUGGACGCAGGGUGAUUGUCGGCGGUGGAAGCGCUGGUUUCUUCAUGGCGUCUCUGACGGCACAUCAUCUCACGCCGCCUCCAAUCGCACUGCUAUCAGUCACUGGCAUCACCACCUUCCAGCAUCCCUUCUUCGAGUCCUCCGUCUUGCUCACCCCUGAGCCCAUCACCAAAGUCCAGAUGACCCGGUAUCUGUCCGAGCCGGUAUCUGUAGGAACGACAUCGGACUGCGACCCGCAGGUCUUUCGUCUUGACAAACUUCUGCCCACUGGCGCCAAGAGCGCCGAGUUUAGCAUCCAGCCUGUGCCCCUCUCUGAUACUGGAAGUCUCGAUGCGUUUGCCCGCAGGUCUCUGUACAGCUACUACUUGUACAAAAACGAGUUUCCGAAUCUCGUCGGUGACGUCGACCCCGGCUACGAAUGGGCAAAGUCAGAAUCAGAAAGUGCCAGAGCUGCGGCCUGGCCGCCCACAACAAUCAUACAGGGCGAUGCAGACGACCACGUUGAUCUUUCUGUGAGCACUCACAUGGUCGACUGUCUCGGCAAGAGCAAGGUCAAACUUUUCCUGGCAAAAGGUCAACCACACCGUUAUGAAGCGACGAGGUUUCUCGAAGACGACGUCGAGGGAAUGGAUGCUGUCAGGCAGGCCGUCUUCAACCUAGAGAGUGACGUUUCUCGGACAAACUGAAAUGCGAAGUAUUGAUUAUACCGUUCAGACCCGGGAUAAACCGUCCCGAAGCCAAUGCACCGGCAAGGCGCGGUUGUAUCAAGUGGGAGGAUCGGGUAGGCGCAUGGCCAUCAACACCAAAACCAACGUCUG